CCUCUCUUCCACUUUCUCAAUCUUUCUCGCGCAGAAACACAAACAGUUUCUAAACACUCCAAAAAAAUACUCAAUUUCUCUUUGUAAUUUCAUCAUCAAUCGCAACAAAAUUACUUUUUUUUUCCUAUUCAAUUGCGCAAUAUUUGCCUAAUGCACCAUGAAGAUGGAGCGGAAAAAGACGUUGACGAUGAACUGGGACAGCCUCCGGGACGACGAUGACGAUGAUCGCUUUUUCGAGUCAAAGGAACGCGCCUCUUCCGUCGUUCCUCUCGACCUCGAGGAAUCCUCAUCCGAAGAUGAGGAUUUCGACGACAGUCGCAAUUCAUUUGCCUCAUGUGUCUCAUAUGUUCGAAACGAUGUUGAUUUUCGUGCCUCCACCGCAGCCGCUCCGAUGGACCCACCGUCUACUUCUUCGGCUCCAAUGACGCCGAAUUACAACAUUUGGAUGGAGGCACCGAGGUCUAUCACUGAACGGCGAAAACGAUUAUUGCAGGGCAUGGGGUUAGCCCAAGGACCUGGAAAAGACCUCGUUAGCUUUAAACAACUAACCAACAUUAAACGUCUCGUUUCGAACAAAAUCACAAACGGCAUUGUUCCAAUCCCUCGGUCAAUCACUCGGGCUAAAGAAAAAGUACAAGUAUCGUCGAAUCAGCCGGUAUCGGAGAUAGAGCCAGAGUCGGAGCCUGAGCCUGAUCAUGAACCAUUGUCGGUGAUGCUCGUCCGUUCGAGGUCGGAGGGUGACAUUGAAGCUUUCUCGAUAAAUAAACAAAGGAAGGAAGAGAUAAUCGAAACAAUCUCGAAGCAACGACUUACGAGGACUUGCUCCGCCAUAGCCGUAACUCGCUCGAGAAUAUGUCCGUACACCGAAUCGAUUAAAGUGUCAACUAACGAAGUCAGCGACUCUACCCCCAAUAGUCGAUUGGUUCGGACUAGCGGUGGAUUGUCGUCGGUUUUCUUGAAUAACCAGUUAGGAGCCUUCUUCUUGAUUAAGAAUCUGGACACAGGGACUAAGUUCAUCGUGAACGAGUAUGAUCAGGAUGGGUGCUGGAAUCGACUCAGCGAUCUCCAAACAGGGAAGCAAUUGACGAUGGACGAGUUCGAGAAAUGUGUCGGGUACUCGCCAGUGGUGAAAGAGGUUAUGCGAAGACAGAGCGUUUCCAGCGAAGGCAGCGGCGAUAACAGGAAGGUCGGUGCAGGGGCAAAUUCAUUUGUUUCGAAGAGCCUGAGGAUGAGCAAGAGAAGAGGGGUUGCUCUGUUGAAGAACAGUAUACGAGGCGUGGGGACCGCUGUGAGUGUGUUGAUUGGUGAGAAAGAGAGGGAAAACACGACGCCAUCGCUAACAUUGCCGCCGGAGCAGAAACCCGUCAAGAACUCGAGUUCUUCUUCGUCAGCUUCAUCGGAAUGGGUCAAAGUUAGGCAGACAGGGAAGCAUUACAAGGAGUUAUCGGCAUUGCAUUUGUGUCAAGAGAUUCAAGCUCACGAGGGGUCAAUUUGGGCUAUUAAGUUUAGCUUGGAUGCAAGGUUUCUUGCGAGUGCGGGAGAGGAUCGAAUUAUUCAAGUGUGGGAAGUGCAAGAGUGUGAGAUUAUGUCAUUGGAUGGGAAUUCGACCCCGCUUCAUCACUCUUUCAGGUCUUCCACCCCUGAUCGUUCCUUCACCCCUGAUCGUUCUCCAUCAAUGUCUGAUCAAGCUGUGGUUGUGCCAUAUGAGAAGGAGAAUAAGAAUAAGGAAAAAAGUGGGUCUGCUAGAAAAAGCAAUCCAAUCCCAGAAUAUGUGCAUGUGCCCGAAACAGUGUUUUCAUUUUCGGAGAAACCAUUUUGCUCUUUUGAAGGUCAUUUGGAUGCUGUUCUGGACCUGUCAUGGUCCAGAGAUCAGCUAUUGCUUUCAUCUUCAAUGGACAAAACUGUUAGGUUAUGGGAUUUGGAGACCAAGACUUGUUUAAAGUUGUUUGCCCACAAUGAUUAUGUGACUUGCAUACAAUUCAAUCCUUUGGAUCACAAUUACUUUAUUAGUGGCUCACUCGAUGCAAAGAUUCGAUUGUGGAACGUAGCUGUUAGGCAAGUCGUGGAUUGGAUUGAUCUUUAUGAAAUGGUCACUGCUGCUUCCUAUACUCCAGAUGGCCAGGCUUGCAUCAUUGGUUCACACAAAGGAAAAUGUCGUAUGUACAAUGCAGAAGAUUGUAAAUUAAGUCAGCAUAGUCAGAUUGAUAUUCAAAACAAGAAGAAGAAUCAAGCCAAAAAGAUUACAGGUUUCCAGUUUUCACCGAUAAACCCAACUGAAAUGCUUGUCACGUCUGCUGAUUCUCAGAUUCGGAUUUUGGAUGGCACAAACGUGACUCACAAGUUUAGAGGUUUUCGAAAUAUGAGUAGCCAAAUUGGAGCUUCAUUCACUCCAAACGGGAAGUACGUCAUAUGUGCUAGUGAAGACUCUCAUGUAUACAUUUGGAGGCGGGAUGAGCCCCGAAUUUCAGCCACAGGGAAAAAAAGCAUCACUAGCACCAAUUCCCACGAACAUUUUCAGUGUAAAGAUGUUUCAGUAGCAAUCCCAUGGCCAGGCACCAUAAAGGGUGACCCUCCAUCUGUCAUUGUGCAACAUUCCAAGAGACAAUCAAAAUGCUCAACGCAACAACCACAAUCUGGCAAUUCAUCCCUUACUCAAGAAGAUGCAGGUGUAAGCAAGAGAGUGCUACCACCUAUUCCGAAGAAAAACAACAAAGACAACAACAACAAGGGAAAUGCAUCGGAUCAAAUACCUUUAACUCCGCCGCAGGAAGAUCAAGAUCCAGCUCAAAUAUGCCGAACAGAAUCUGGGAUUGGAGAGUCGUUCAAUUCGGACCCUUCCUCUAUUAGGUAUGGUGAUUCAAGUUCUAUGUCCGCCGGUAGUGCCUCCACAUCAUCUUGGUCUUCCUCUUGGUCAUGGCUUGACAAUAUAGGCAACAACAAUGCUAGCCAAACAAUGCAAGCAACAGCUUGGGGUUUGGUAAUUGUGACAACCACUUUAGACGGAGAAAUCAGAGCAUACCAAAAUUUUGGGCUGCCGCGAAAAGUACAGAAUAAUAUUUUCGGAGGCCCUAAUUAAUUGGUUAUGUGCUGGUGAAGAUAUAGGAUCAUAAUUUCUUUCCUUUAAAUGGAAACAAAUUUGGUCCACAAGGUCUCGAGUUCGAUUCCCCAUUCCCAAGAAACGCUCAUAUCAAAUUUUGUUUAUGAACAAACUUCUCACUUGUCAUGGAUAUAUACAUACAUACAUACAUUGUACACUACAAGUACAAAGAGUCAGAAGAGCCAUGGUGACCAAACUGAACAUUGGUAUUUUUGUUGUAAAUGUCAAAUCUUGUUGCUCUUCGUCAUAAUUUUUUUGUAAGAGAGCCCAUCAUCCCUUUAUACAUAAUGGGUGCUUUGUAAUUUGUAAGUCUAUUAUUUUUCUUUUUCUACAUGUUUGGUGACUAUAGAUGAUUAUAAAGCGAAUGAUUGAUUUU